UGGGGAUCGCUUCUCGCUGCUUGCAAGGUCCACAAGAAUGCAGAUAUGGCAAAAUUUGCUGCUGAGAAAUUACUCGCUAUCGAUCCUGAAAAUAGCGGAGCCUAUUCGGCUCUUGCAAAUGUCUACUCUGCUUGUGGGAGAUGGAAUGAUGCGGCGAAAAUAUGGAAGUUGAUGAAGGAUAAAGGAGUGAAGAAAGAACAAGGUUUCAGUUGGCUUCAGAUUAAGAACAAAGUUCAUGUCUUCCAGGCCGAAGACGUACAUCACCCUCAGAGAGAUGCUAUAUAUGAAAUGGCUGCAAAUAUUUGGCAGGAGAUCAAGAAAGCUGGAUUCGUUCCUAACAUACAGUCGGUGUUGCAUGACAUCGAUGAUGAACUGAAGGAGCAGAUGCUCUGUCAUCACAGCGAGAAAUUAGCAAUUGCCUUCGGGUUGAUUAGCACGGAGAAUACGACAUUGAGGAUUAUGAAGAACCUUAGAGUGUGCAAUGACUGUCACUCUGCAAUUAAGUUUAUUGCCAAGGUCGUCGGAAGAGAGAUCAUCGUGAGAGACGCUACCAGAUUUCAUCAUUUCAGGGAUGGACUCUGUUCUUGCAAAGAUUACUGGUAGAAGAAUGAUUCAAUUAUACAUUUUGUAUUCAUUUAUUACUGAAAAUUUAGUUCACUUUCAUCAGUUUGAUUUGAGUGAACUUCAUGUCAAUCCAAUUGAUCUUUGUUCUCCA